GCGUUGGAGAUCACACCAUCCAUUCCGCCCCGGAUACAUGAGACUCGACUCUCCCCUAGCACAGAGAUGCAGUCACCGCCAUUUGAAGAGUUUGGCGCAUCCUUGAAGAAGUUCUUCAACAAUACAAGCCUUUCAGAUACCGUCAUCAAAUGCGGAGGUCGGGAAUUUGCAGCCCACAGUCUUGUUCUCUUUUGCCACUCCGAGUAUUUUAAAAAGCAGCUAGAUGGGCCAUGGAAGGAGAGUUCUGACCGAGUGAUAGAAAUCAUGGAUUUCGACCCCGCUGUUGUCAGGGCAAUGACACUUUUCCUCUACUGCUUCGAUUACGAGUCCCCAGCUGAUUCAUCAGCUAUGAUAUUCCAUGCCCAGGUCUAUCAAAUCGCUGAUAAAUACGGCAUUGAGGCAUUAAAGAGACUCUCUGCGACGAAGUACCGUACCAGCAUUGAUGCGGGAUGGGAGAUGGAUAGCUUCCCAGACGCAAUCGAACUGGCAUUCACGACUACGCCACCCGGCGACAGAGGAUUACGCGAUAUCGCUGUGGAAGUUGCAUUCAAGAGGCUCGGGAACCUGAUGGCCCAAGACACGUUCUGCGGAAUGAUGCGCGAUAAUCCAGACAUUGCUGCUGAUAUUAUUCGAUUUACAAAUGGGAUAUGCGAAAGGGUCAAGAACUACAAGUGCAGAACGUGUAGGCGCGUCUUUUUGCUAGGUUUUCCAGUGUCCCAGGAGCCUUACGCAUUGCAGUACUGCCCGUCGUGUGAAACGUUUCACUCAUCUUGGAGACCUGAGGCUGGAAGCUGAUAGGCAUCCAGGCGGUCUUGGUUGGUUCGGAGACUAUUGAAUAAGGCUAUUUAAAUACACUCAUCUUAGUUUACAAGCAUACUGCCAAGACCAGCGUUUCUCACUCUG